AUGACAUAUCUUCCAACUCAUCUUCCAAUCAAUACUACAAUCCUUACCUUUAUACACAGAGUAAGUCGAGGGCAAGUGCUCCAUUUGACCCAUCUCAGAUCGACUCCAUCACGCUCUCUUAUCCCGACAGAGAAAUGCCAGUCAGAGUAUAUCAUGAAAAAAUCCGGACUGUAUUAUUAUAUUACGAGGGAUUCUGUACCAACUUUUAUCCUGAAGAAGCAUGAAAUAUCAGAUCCCAUUCAAUUUUACGAAUCUGUAACAGAUCUAGGAAAGAGAUAUGGUUGUAUCAAAUUGAAGUUUACUUCUGAAGAAAGUAAUGCUGUGGAUAUGGUCACCAAAUUGGACAUCAAUUUUGAAAAAUUCUGGUUCAAAGCAAGAAAGCAGUAUUUGAAACCAUUGAAGAAUGAAAAUGCAAGAAUACUGAAGUUUUAUCGUAAUUUAUAUCAUUACUACACCAGCAUAAAAAAAUCUACAAAUUUCAUAAAGAUUCCAAGCAUAGAUAAGAGAACAUUAGAUUUAUAUCGAUUGCGCAAAUGUGUACAUCUUCGAGGUGGUUUCGAUGCCGUUUGUCAAAAGAAACUUUGGGCUCAGAUUGGUAGAGAAUUGGGUUAUUCUGGGAGAAUAAUGAGUUCUUUAUCUACUUCUCUAAGAUCGGCUUACGAGAAAGUCUUACUAGAAUUUGAUCUAUACGAAGAUUCUCACAAUGAUGGCAAUGUUACCAAUAAUUUAGAACCCAAAUCACCAGCAAAUUUGACACCGCCAUUAGAAGAACCAAUAGCACAUAAUGAACUGAAAAGAAAAAGCUACGAACAAAACGAUACACACUUCAAAAGACACAACUUGGGUAGGACGAUUAGCACCCAACUCUCUUGUGAAUUAGGAGGUAUAGAAGACACAUUUUUCAGGAUCAGAGAUGUCAAAAAGUCAAAAAAGUUUCCUACAAAAUUUGAAUCCCUUACAGAAGAAAGAAUAGGCUACACUCAAUCUAACAGAGCCACUCUUCCUUCUUAUGAUUUCAAUUUUUGGGAGACAGGGCUGGAGAUAUAUGAUAAUGAUAAAUUUGAAAGUAAAAGUUCCCCAUUAUAUAACAUUAAACAAUAUUACGAAAAAAGCCAAACAGUGUUUCAAAAAGUCAAAGAGGAAUAUCCUGACAAGUUUAGCGAUUUGCUGGCAAGUGAGUCAAAUCUCUCUUUGGAAAAUUUUGAAGAUCUAUACUGGCAAUUAUUAUCCAACCAAGAUAACGACUUGGAAAUAGAUUCUGGCCUGGCUGUUUCAUCGAGAAUACAUGGUGAUGAUUUAGCACUUCCUCCUUAUCAUGGUUUAAAUGGUCACAACAUGUUGAACAAGUGGAGAUUGAAGGAUCUCCCUCUAAAUGAAAAUUCAUUAGCUAAAUUCAUGGACAUAGAUUUAGGUGGCCAUACCAUUAGUAGGUAUGACAUUGGCAUGCUUUUUUCCAUUCUCGGCUGGUCAGUGAAUGAUAAUUUUGUUCCAUCAAUCAAUUUCAACCAUCUUGGUUCAUCUAAAGUGUGGUACAUAGUCUCUGAACCUGACAUGGAAAAAUUUGAAAAUCUUUUAGAUAAAAAUUGCCAACAAAAUCCUGAAAUUCACAACGAAAUAUAUGAAGAAGCGUUCGAAAGAUCAGAAUUUUUCAAAUGUUACAAGGAAAAUAGUUUUUACGGCGAUGCUUCCAUAAGUGAUAAUGUUGAGUUGAAGUCUUCCCAUUCAUUGAAUAAUUUGCAGUUGCAUCCUGAUAUGAUUCUCUCAAAUGGGAUAAAAUUACGCAAGGUUAUCCAGGAAGCAGGCUCUUUCAUUUUUAAGUUCCCCAAAUGUUACACAAGUAGCAUAAGUAGUGGGUUUCACGUAUCUGAAACCGCUCAUUUCAUGCCUAAAUCGUGGUCACAAUACGCGAUUGAUGGUACCAACUGGCUUGCACAAAAUCGCAUUUUACCCAGCAUAGAUCUGCAUAAAUUUCUCAUGAACUUGUUGUUGUAUUCUGAAGAUCAAGACAUAAUAAAUUACUGCGAGCGCUUUCUUCGCAAUUAUAUACAAAACGAGUUACAAAAUAGGAUGAAGAUAAAGAAGUUAUUGAACAAUAUAGACAUCAUACACAAUUGUUUGGAUUUUACUUCCACCAGUUCAUUAAAGAGUACUGGUUUUUCAAAAGUUGUACUAUCGCAUGACGCAGAUAUCAUUAAUCUUUCACUAGAGGAAUUUUUCGAUUUUUUCAAAGGCCAGUCUGAUUUUUUGAAUCCUGAUCAAGUCCACAUUUUUAAUAAGCCAUUAUCUCUUUUCCAGAUCUCUUUGCAUGUCCGCUACGAAGACAAAAUGUUACAAAAUAUAUUGGAUAGUGUUUAUAAUGCAAGGUUGCACGCUAAUGUCCUUGCAUUUUCAUCCUCAGAUGUGGCCAGCCGGUUGGAAAAAUUAGUCAAUUCCAAAUAUGAGGACCGAGCUAUUCCUUUAGAAGUAUUACAAAAAAUGCUACAGGAAACUAAUGCUAGAGAUCCAGCGUACAAAGCUUUGAACGAACUUGUUCUAAAAUCUCAACUUUUACGUAGAGACUGUCAAAACAUACUCACCGUUUUGAAAAGGCUUCAAGAUAAUCAUAAGCCCAAUGUUCCGGUGAUGAGUACCUUGCAAGUUGAAUUGUUAGAAAAAUCGCCCCUGAGCCUGCUUUCAUACAAGCUCUUCUCUUGCAUUAAAAAAGUGCAAGAAUAUCCAGUAACAUUCGAAGAACUUCCCCGAUUAGUCAAACUUCAUAAUGAAACCAUUGAGCUCGAAAAAAAAAUAUAUGGACUCAGGAAUGCCUCCACGACUCUCGAUGAGUUGCUGAAAUUGUAUGAUAUGUUGUUUUUCUUACCCAUUAUGGACGAGCCACAAAAUGAACUGCUAAUUCACAUACAUAAAAGCAUAUGGCUAAAACUUUUUGAGGAUGUGUUCAUCUCAGAUGAUCACAAAUCCCCUUAUAGUAUAGACGAACUAUAUUCAUUUUUUGAUUUUGGAGUAAAGUAUUGUGGAAGUUCCGAAAUAGAUAAAUUAGAGAUAGUCAGAAGUCGUAUUAUUAUGAUUCAAAAUGUAGUCCAACGCGUUAAAAAGAUUAUGAGGAAUGUCAAACUAAAUGCAAAACUUUCAAUAUCUGAUGUAAAAGAAGUUUCUUCUAUAAUUCAGACACAACACGUUCCAAUCGAUGAAAAUGUAAAGAAGCUACUUGAUGAUAUUUUGAAUGGAGUAGAAUCAAUCAGAAGCAGUAUGAACCCUUUAUGGGACAAGUUAUCCAUCAAUAGGCCGUUUAUUGAUGAGAUUGAUGAUUUGAUUAGGAAGAAUUCAACGGAUUAUUUUAAACUCUCAUCUAAAUUCAAUGGUUCCGAAUCAGAUAAAAGAAUUUGUAUUACUGAAGCAAGGGAGAAUGAUAUGUUGACGAAGCAAGUGAAAACAUGCAGAUCCUGGAUUUUCGAUUUCAACAAAAUUGUAAAGAAACAUAAGCUUGACAAAUUGCUACCUACGGUUUCAAGAUGUCUGGACUUGGAAACAGAUGCAUGCAUAUCUUAUGAGGACCCAAAUACAAUACAAACUUCAUAUUGUUUUUGUCGUCAAGGCGACGUUGGUACAAUGGUAGAAUGUGAACUAUGCAAAGAAUGGUACCAUACCACAUGUAUUAACAAAGGGAAUUGGUCUCUUCCGGACGAUCCACGAAGUGCUUUUGUCUGUUCCAUCUGCAAUAUCAACUUGAAUACAGCCAUUCCCCCUCAGAAUAAGAUAAACUUUGGUAAUCUGAAAAGUAUUGUUAUUGAUUCUUUAAAAUUAGAGGUUAUUCCUGAAAGAAAAAUUCUACAAAACCUUUUUGAACUUUUCCACCUAGCAUUGACAUUCAGAAACGAAUUGGAGACUGUCUUAUUUGAAAAUGGUGAGAUCAAUACAAAAAACUCACUUCACAAGAUCAAGUUUUAUAUAAGAAAGGCAGAAGGCUCUUUCUGUGAGUUUAUUGAUCUGUUAGGCCCUCUAAAGAGAUAUUGCCACCACGUUGAUAGAGAAAAGUUUGCUAACUUACAAAACAGUGGUUCCAUCAUCGUUACAGGCAAUGAAUGA